AACGGGCGCCCGAGUAUCAGCGGGCCAGUGAGGCGGGGGAGCAGGCAGCCCGGCCGCUGUGGCUGCCUCUGCCGCCUCCGCCCCGAGAGCAGCCCCUCUGUCGCAAUAUGCCUCCGCUGCCCUCUGGCUUUUCGCCAUGUCGAGAAUUUGCGGGAGCUUUCCCUUCACUCUGCUCCUAGGUCUGGCCGCGGUGCUGCUGAAAGGGAGGCUUGUCCCCGCAGCCUCGAGAGCAGAGCCCAGCCGCUCCGACCUGAGCCUGAUCCAGCAGCAACAGCGGCAGCAGCAGCAGCAGCAGCAACAGCAACAGCAACAGCAGCGGGAGGAGGAGGAGGAAGACAGGCCAGAGGUGCCGGGAGCAUCCUCUACCCUGUCCAGUUCAGUAUCUCUGUUUUUACUGAAAGUCCAUGUGAAUGAUAUCAUCAGUCGUCAAUAUCUACGCCAAGCAGUUGUAGAAGUGUAUGUGAACUACACAAAGACAAAUUCUACUGUAACUGGAAAUAAUGGAGCGGUGUUAAUAAAAGUUCCUUAUAAAUUAGGUGUCAGCUUGACUAUCACAGCUUACAAAGAUGGCUACCUGCUAACACCAUUGCCUUGGAAGACUAGAAGAAUGCCAAUAUAUUCAUCAGUGACACUUUCACUGUUCCCUCAAAGUCAAGCUAAUAUAUGGCUAUUUGAAGAUACUGUUUUAGUUACCGGAAAAUCAUCUGAUGCCAAAUCUCAACCAAGUGUACAGUUUCCAAAGGGUUUGAUUAAACUUCCAAGCAGCCAUCAUAUUAGUAAUGUCACGGGCUAUCUUACAGUACUACAACAGUUUCUGAAAGUAGACAACUUUCUGUACACGACGGGAAUUCUUCUUAACAAAUCAGGUUUCAAAAGCAUUGAGUUGACUCCUCUUGCUGCAAUAUGUGUGAAUAUAUAUUCUGGUGGAAAAGAACUAAAUGUGGAUGGCUCCAUUCAAAUUACUCUCCCCCUCCUGGACCCAAGCACUGCAAAGGCAGGGGAUGCGUUACCUGCUUGGACAUUUGAUAUGAAAACUGGUGCUUGGGCAAAUCGUGGUUUGGGAAUGGUCAAGAAAUUUAAUGACCAUUUAGUAUGGACAUAUGUGGCUCCCCAUUUAGGCUACUGGAUUGCAGCACCACUUCCUGGAACCAGAGGUUCACUUGUAAGUGAAGUCUCCAAGGAUAUCACUGCCUACCACACGGUAUUUCUGACAGCCAUAUUGGGAGGUACAGUCGUCAUUCUCAUUGGCUUUUUUGUCGUUCUUCUUUGUUAUUGCAGAGAUAAAUGUGGUGGAUCACAAAAAAGGGAAAGAAAUGCCACUAGACUUGAGGUACUUAAGAAGGACCAGACCACAUCAACAAGUCAUAUAAACCAUAUAAGUUCUGUGAAGGGUUCAUUAAAAGCUGAAGACAGGUUACAGUUGUAUCACUCUAAGAAUUCCCCAUAUAGUCCUCGCAAAAAGGAUUCUACAAAGUCAGAACCUGAAGACAGAGUCUCUACAGUGAAAACUCGGGACAGUUUUAAAAUCUACAAUGAAGAAGUUUCCUUUCUGUCAGCCAAUCAGAAAAGUCAUUCAAGAAAUUCAAGCCAGUCAUUAGAACACAAUGCUGUAUCCAGACAGACAGUGCAACCAAAACACAGUAAUAGCAAUGUCUUUCCAUCUACAGGUGAUACUCAAGACCAAAACAGGUAUCUUUCAGUAAAUGAAGAAAUGUAUGGACUUUCUCAUAUACCAGAACAACUGAUGCAUAUCUACAGCCAGCCAAUUGCCAUCCUUCAAACAUCUGACCUUUUUCACUCACCAGAACAGUUGCAUUCUGCUAAGUCAGCUACUUUGCCCAGAAAGGGACAGGUAGUCUAUGGCCAACUGAUGGAGCCAGUAAACCGAGAAAACUACACCCAAACAUUACCUAAAAUGCCAGUACAUUCUCAUUUGCAGCCCCCUACCACAAGAGAAGAGAAAAUUACACCUGAAGUUCAACAAAGCUUACCAUCCCAAACUUCAGACUGGAGUCGGUAUUCUAAUAGCUUAUUAGAAUCAGUCUCUGUUCCAGGGACACUGAAUGAAGCUGUCGUAAUGACUCCAUUUUCAUCUGAACUUCAGGGCAUUUCAGAGCAGACAUUAUUAGAGCUGUCCAAAGGAAAGCCCUCACCACAUCCCAGAGCCUGGUUUGUUUCUCUGGAUGGAAAGCCAAUUGCUCAAGUAAGGCAUUCCUUUAUAGAUCUGAAAAAGGGGCGAAGAACCCAAAGUAAUGACACCAGUCUGGACUCUGGAGUGGACAUGAAUGAGCAUCACUCCAAUCGAAAACUUGAGAGGGAGAAAACAUUCAUUAAAAGCAUGCAUCAACCUAAGAUACUCUAUUUAGAAGAUUUAGAUCUCAGCAGCAGUGAAAGUGGAACCACUGUUUGUUCCCCUGAGGAUCCAGCUUUAAGGCACAUUCUGGAUGGAGGGAGUGGGACGAUCAUGGAACAGCCUGUGGAAGAGUCACCAAGAAGAAAAAGCACAGCUGAAGAUUUAGAAGCCAAUAUGUCCCCUACUAAAAAAAGAGUCAGAACCCCAUUGGCUAAAAAAGAUAGUAAAACUAAUAUCUGGAAGAAGAGAGAGGAAAGGCCACUUAUUCCCAUAAACUAACCCAUUAAGAUGCUUGCUUUCCCUGACAGCUCCUGAGCUGUCUUAAGUCUUGUAAAACGAAAUGUGAAUUCUGUAAAGAGCAGCUGAGCUAUUUCUUAGGAACAGGUAUAGUUUGAGGUAAGAACUGUAGCUUUGACUUCAAAGGAGUAACAGAUGAAAAGUGUACAAUAUUAAUUUGCUACUCAGAGAAAACCACUGAGGAAAGCUUUGUGCAAUGUGUUUUACUUUCUAAUUGUUUUCCUCUUUUGUUAGUGAUGAAUUUGAGGAAGUUCAAAUUACGAAAUAGCCUCAACAUAUUUGUAUCACAGUAAUUUUGCUGAGGCUAACAAAUGUGUGCUCCUAAAGUGAUUCCCAAAAUGUUGCCCUUGCCUGGAAUGACAUUUUAAAAUAGUCUCUUCUGCAGUCAUAGCUUUCUUGUGAGAUGCCCACAGUCUUAUCACCUUGUUCUCUGCUUAUGCUUUAAAAUAACUUGAUAGAUGUUUUGGACUGAUAUUAUUCUAGAGUUUAAAAGUGAAACAGGAUUUUUCAUUAGUGUGAUUAACAGCAUGUAUAGUGUAUUAUUCCUCAAAAUAAUCCCAACCCUAACUCACCUAAGUUGGGCCAGUGGUUACUUGGUAGAAUUUGCUUAGAGAGGAAAAGGCCCUGUAUUCUGAUAAUUGAAAAUAAUAAUUAUGAUUUUUUUCUCUUUUUCUCUUGAUGAGUGAAUAGAGGAAAAUGUCAAGGAAUUUUCUUUUCAUCCAACCCAAGCAGUUUCAAAUUUUCUUUUCUUUUAGUAUGUUUGUUUAUCAGUGCUAAAAUCAGUUUCUGAAAGAAUGUAUUAUUUAAGUUCCUUUGAACUCAGCCAUAGUGAGGUCAUCAAGUUAUAGUCUCAAUAAAUGAAAAACUUUUCAUGAACACCAUAAAUUUAACUUAAAAUUACCUUUAAAAGAAGAAAAUAACGUUUUGAAAUAUUGUGGAAAAGCUAGUAUUCUCAGAGUAGGAUAUUGUAUCUUGGCUGGCAGAAAAAUAAUGCAGUUUUCCAUAUGCUCUAAAAAAAUCUUCAAAAUACUAGUUAUCUAUUCAAAAAUUUUAGUUGAUAUUCAUCAAAGAUGCUCAGAGGAAAAUACAAAUUUCAUAAAGGUAGAGGAAUUUUUACCCUGAAUCAUCAAAAAUCCAAAAUACAUUUUUCAAAAACUGAAAUUACCAUUUUAGAAGUAACAUAUCAAUAUAUAUGCCUUCCAUUAUUUGAAAGGAUUUAUCCUUCAGUGUGAUAGAACAAAUUGAUUUAUAACUAGCCCAAGCUAUCUUUUAAUUCAGUUAUCAACCAUCAUAAAAUGAGAUGAUAUGUGUCAAGUACCAUAAACUGAAUUCUUUCUUUAUUCAUUCUCUGAGAAAAUAAAAUAUUUGGAAUUCCUUUUCUUCUAACCAACAAAAUAAAAGAGUAUGGCAGAAUGGAUAAGGACUGUUAAAAUUAUAGAUUUAAAUGAAAUGGGUAACAUUAACAUGUUCCAGAAUGACAUAGUUCCACAUACAUACACACUUGUGAAACAACUUUCUGAUAAUUUUAUUUUGAUGUAUUUGCCUGAAUAUCUUUAAUUUUGAUGUAUUUGCCUGAAUAUCUUAAAGCUCUUGGCAGAUGUUUGAUAUCUGUUUUUAUCAUAGAUGUUAAUUGUUCCAACCAAUUCUAGAGGUAAUUGCCUUGGAUAAUCUUUAAGCUUAACUUUUGGAGUGGACUAAGAUCCACAGUUAGUGAAUGUUCAUCAUUUGUCACCCAUUUGGGAAAUACAUUGAAGUGGCUUAAUGGUUAUGCCAUGGAGAAGGUCAAGGAGUUAAUACUAUGCUGAAGUGCCUUUAAUAUGGAUACAUUUAAUCAGAAGAACAUAGCAAAAUCUUAAAAGUGCACAUUUUUUUUUCUGUUAGCCAAAAUAUCAUCACUCAACUGGAAAGUUUCUUUCUUUUUUUAAGCUAAUUUUUAAAAAGACAAAAUCUAAUGUUUCAUGUUGGAACAGUGAAUUUUCCAUGUAGGUAAUAUUUAACUCUCUUUUUAAAUUAUUCCUGUGCUUAUUUUUUCUGAUCUAAUAAAUGUUGACAGAUUGUUCAUGUUGGAAUGAAGUUAAAAAUUAUACAGAAAAAAUAGCACCUUUUCAAUCAUUUGAGCAGAAGUAUUUUUCCUUUUUUCAGCCAAAAAGCCUACUAUCCCAUUUUUAGCAACAGAAUGUUGACUGAAAGUAUCAACAGGCUGUCUGGGUGAACUCAACUCAGGAUCUGAGUUUCUUUAAAGGAUCAUACCAGGCAGACAAUCACUCAGAUUGUUCAUUUGUUUGUAAGGGCAAUGAGGAGAAUUACCUCAAGGGCUUUUCUUGAAAGACUAUCUGUUUUGGAGAUACAUUUGUAUCUUUUUUUUGUACCCUGCACAUUCUGGUCUGGGUUUGAAUAUUGGCAAUUAAUCAUUUCUAAAGAUCUUGGCAGUUUAUUCCUUUUAUUGAUCAAAACUUUGUAAUUUCUCAUUUGAGAGCAAUCCAUACUUAUCUGUUAAAAAACAAAUAACAAAAAAAUCAAGCCUGAAGCCAUCUACCCUUUCUUACUCCAAAUGACAAAAAACCAAUCCCAUAUGUGAUACUUAUAACUUUCUUAAAUUUUUAAAUUGAAAAUCUCCAGGGAUUUUUGCAAAUGUAAAACUAAUGAAUUUUGGUCACAAAUUAUUGAUGUUUAUGGAACCUUUGUACAUACUUCGGAUAUAUCUUUAAAAAGUAAAACUAUCCCUCAAUUGACUGAUGGAUUCAUUUAAUAAGCACAGUAAUAUGUAUUGUUUUGAUACAUAUUAUGAUCCUGAGCCUUUAUAAAAUAUAUUUUUACAACAUUUUUGAAGUUGAAUGGGGGAUUAGGCCCUUUUUUAAUGCACAAUGAAGCACGAAGCUCACCAAAUUCUCAGAAAAAAACAGUUCCUUGCUUUGGCAAUCAUUUUCAAAUCAUUGUGUGUGAUAUAACCCUCUUACAAUAUGGCUCAUUAUUACAUAGAUUGGUACAUGCCAUGGGUCAAAUAAUGUUCCCUAAAUCAUAAUUGUAUCAUAUAGUAAAAGCCUGAUAUAACAUGGUUCGGUUUACAGUUAUCUCUGUUCAUCCAUACCAGUGUUAUAAAAAAGGUUUCACUGUCCUUCCAUUUCGGACCUAGUAUUGAUGUUAUGCAUCCUACUUUCUAAGUGUUUCUAUCUUUUGUAUUUUUAUCAGAGGUGUCUUUUCACAUUUCAGUGUAUUUAUUAUAAAUAAUAUGGUAUUGACAGUAAAAUGGUAACUCUGAAGAUUUGUAACAUGUCAAGCAGUUCAUUAAAGACAAUAAAAUAACCUGAAAAUAUUA